AUGCACUUCAUACCCAACCAUGCCCGAUGCGUCUUGCUUGUCGCUUCGAUUCCCUAUGCUUCCAGCGCCGUCAUCCCCGUCGCCAGUCACCGGCUCGCCCCGACCGCAACAACCAUCACCUCUGACACGGUGGUGUCGGCCGCUCCCCUUCGGCAGUCACCCAGCAUCCCCAGUCACGAUGCACCGUGCUUGGAAGCCGAAUUCGCGCCCCCACCUCCACCAGCCUGGGGCGCCGGUAACGGCACCGCCAUCAUUUCAAACACGACCAGCACGGUCGCCACCCCCGAAGAGGCCUUUGUCCCCGUCGCCAACCGCACGCGCGAGCCCAUCCCCGCCUCAGCGCUUGCGUCUGCGUCUGCGUGUGCUGCUGCAGCACAUUCUUCCGCCACGCCCGAACCCGCGUUACCCCAAAAACGCAAGUGGCCCAACGGGCAGAACAGCCCACCGCACAACGUCUGGCAGCCCGGCCACGGCAUCCAGCCCACGGGGAUCCCGGAGCCCUACAACGACGUCGUCACACGCAGCAGGGAGCUGCCUCCUCAACUCGACCGAAGACUCGAACCCAUCCGCGACGCCUCGGGCAACGAGCUCCAAGACGUCAAGACGGCCAUGGAGCGCGUGCGCUCCGAGCUCGACGCCCCCGUCGGCGGCAUCUCGGAGCGCAUCGCCACCCUGAUCGCCUCGCGCAAAAAAUGGGACGACGCCGCGGCCAGGGUCGUGGACAAAGGCAUGUAUGACGAGGGAGGGAUGGAGGAGAUGGCCGAGGCGGACCGGGCGGUGCAUCAGGCGAGCGAGCAGCUCCGGCAGGCCGUCGUGGUGUACGGGGAUCUGUUGGGGAAGCUGCAGGGGCAGAUGGAGGAGAACCGGAAAGAUAUGGAUGAGACGACGGAGUAUCUGAGGAAGAUGAAGGAUAUGUUUGAGGAUGCGAGGGAUAGGAUUGGGAAGCCGAGUGGGGGUGGGGGGUGA